AUGGGUUGGUGUGAAACUCUUGGACCCGAAGCCACAAAGAAGGCUACGUCUGGGAGCAGCAAGGGGGGGCUCCAAUUCCCUGUGGGUCACAUCGCCCGUUUUCUCAAGGAUGGGAAGUAUGCUGAACGUGUCGUUGUCGGUUUGGUCCUAGCGAUUCGACUUUCUAUAUUGGUUCGGCCUCUUCAUGAGGCUUGGCCAAGAAUGCCACAUGGAAAUGGUAACAAGGAGUGUGGGCCUAGCUUGUUGUGGAAAUCAAAUUGGCAUAAUCAUUUGCAAAUGGCAUUCGUGACAAAAAAGAAUACCAUGGAUGCGACUCCAAGUCAAACUACCAAUAGUACAAAUAAUAUGGUUCCGCCUUUGGCUAUACCACUUUAA